ACAAUCUACAAUGAUAGCACAACCUUUGAAGCCUGUGUAUAUUCGCCUCAGGCGCGAAAAGACAAACUUAUUCCUAUGCAUUGACCCAAAAGACACAAUGACUGAUGUCAAGGUUAAGUUAUGUGGUGCUCUCAAGCUUGACAAGACCCCAGACAAUAUCCGUCUCUUGAUGCCUACUCAAUGGGAUAAUAAAUAUGAUCUCCUCGAAGACGCAUGGACAAUGUCAAAGGCAAACCUUUCCAAUGAUGCAUUAGUUUAUUUUGUAUUUUUUGAUUCCAAUCGAGGUAAUUGGGAAGACGUUCAGCUGAUAGAGCCAGAACCUUUGGAUGAUCCAGAAGACGAUGACGUGGAUAUGAGAGACAACCUUGCUGCAAUCAGAAAGGAGAAAGGAAAGGAAAAAAGCAGGGAAAAGGGAAAAGGAAGAGCUUAAGGAAAGCAGCAAGUCAUUUGCAUUUACGCGUAUAUGAAAGACACUAUUUUGCUUAUAAGUCCUAGUGAGAUUUGACCACCAUCCAUAUACUUAAAAGUAAGGAACAAAGUAAAUCAAGUUCAGAAAUGUGUAUAAACUUAUGAAUUGAUUAUUAU